AUGGGGUUGGAUUUGUCACCAUGGCCUACCCAGGGCCCUUACAAUACCUUGGGAACCGAAGAAACAUCGGGCUAUGUCGUUUAUCGCACUUCAAAUUUCUGUCAUCAGAGAAGUGCAUUCUCCGGGUUCAUCGACGGCCUCAUUUCUCAGGUCAAAGAGCGAUUAUUUUCCGACUACAGCCCCUCAACAAAAGAUAAACAAGAAAUUGCAGAAUACAUUCUGCAUCUCGGGAUCUGGCCCGAAAACAGUCGAGUUAUCGUUGUCGAUCCAGCAGAGUUUGAUCCAGCAUCGCUAGACUCAAUUCUUGCUCAUUUUGAAACCUGGAAGAUCUCUCAGGAGAAGCCGGACGGGUCUGCGAUACACUGGAAGUGUAUCAUAUACGACGAAAUUUCAAAACAGGCAUUUCAGAGCUCUCCGUCUCAGAAAUUGGGAGAGGAAAGCGAGCUUGGCGAGAAUGGAUUCCUAAAGGUCGAUGAUCUGAAUGCUACAACGCCAGCUUCGGGUUAUGACGAUGAUAAUUACGAUGCUUUCAUGGGAGGGGAACGAUCGGAUCGAACAACUUUUAAACUAGAUACCCACAAGAAAGAGAUGGAAGCGCUGUCGGAUUCUGAAGAUGAUGAGUAUGACGGUUUUCUUGGAGGAUCUUUUUGA